CUUUUCUCUUGAGAUUAGAAAUGAUGUGAAAUACACAUGAGUUAAUACCCUUUUAGCUUUAAAUCCAUUUGCCUUGACUUUCUAGAGAUUUGCUUCAAGGGUAGAGAAUGUUUCCAGGUGAGCCUGAUUGGGUUCAGCUAGUUGUGACAGAUGCAGUUCAUUUGGGAGUGGGAGGGAGAAUGGUGAGGGGAUGAUAAAAGGCUCUGAAAGCCUCUCUGGAGUCCUUUCUGCCAGGGAAACUUUUCAGUCUUCUGUUUUAACAGGCAAAAACAACUAACGACAACCUGCCUGCCUGUUGUUUUCUCCAUCUUAUUAUGCCAUCACCCAUUCCUCUUAAUUGUUUUCUCCAUUUUGAGUUUUCCCCAUCUGCGGACUUGCGACCCUGCAGCAGCCCUUUAGUUAUCCCUGGCAAAGACAGCAAGAGCUUUCUGGGGGGAGCUCCUUCGGUCAGGACCCGCCGCUUGCCUCCACGCUUGGCCUGGUGCUCCAUUGACUGGGAUCAGCUCUGCCUCCUGCAGCCUCUUGGCUCUGGGGGCUUCGGUUCUGUCUACAAAGCCACCUACCAUGGUGCCACUGUGGCUGUGAAGCAGGUGAAGAAGAGCAGCAAAAACCGGUUGGCAUCACGGCAGAGCUUCUGGGCUGAGCUGAACGUAGCCUGGCUGCAGCACAAUAAUGUGGUACGUGUGGUGGCUGCUAGCACGUGUGCCCCGGCCAGCCAGAACAGCCUGGGCACCAUCAUUAUGGAGUACGUGGGCAACAUCACCCUGCACCAUGUAAUCUAUGGUACUGGUGGUGUGUGGAGACAGGGUGAGGAUGAUGAAGGAGGAUGCGGAGGGAAGGCCCUGAGCAUGGAAGAGACUGUGUGCUAUUCUUGUGACAUCCUGACUGGUUUAGCCUUUCUUCACGCACAGGGCAUUGUGCACUUGGACCUGAAGCCUGCAAAUGUCUUCAUCACUGAGCAGGGAGUGUGCAAGAUUGGAGACUUUGGGUGCUCCCAGAAACUGGAGGAGGGCUUGUCCCAGAGCCCCCAUGUUUGCCAGCAGGGGGGCACAUACACACACCGUGCCCCUGAGCUCCUCAAGGGCGAGAGGGUCACUGCCAAAGCGGACAUCUACUCGUUUGGCAUCACCCUCUGGCAGAUUGUCAUGCGGGAGCAGCCCUACCUGGGUGAGCGGCAGCACGUGCUCUACGCUGUUGUAGCCUACAACUUGCGCCCUUCACUGGCUGCUGCUGUUUUCCACGAGUCACCAGUGGGACAGAGGCUGCAGAGCAUUAUCAGCUGCUGCUGGAAGGCUAAUGUAGAGGAGCGCCUGAGCGCAGCCCAGCUGCUUCCCAGCCUCAGGGCCCUGGAGCAGAGCCUCUAGGAAAACUCAGGACUGUUUCCUUUGCUGUUACCUCUUCUUUCCCCCUGCCUUUUCUCUGAACAUAAUGAU